AUGUUAUACUCGUACGGUAGGCAUCAUUCAAUUUUAACAUCAGCAACUUCUCAUGAGCAAGAUCAACAAUUAUCACGUUCUAAUCAUCGAUUAUAUCGUUAUAAUCAUGAACCAGUUUCAUCGAAUUUACUUAGCCGAGACAUUUCAUCAAUACUCAUUUUAUUAUUUUUUCUAUUUCUUCUCAUUAUAUCAUUAUCACAAAUUCUUGUUGUUCAUACAUCACGCUAUGGAGCGAAUUUUUCAGCAAUGCAAAAAAUCCAAGAAGAACUUAAACAAAUGGACGAAAGUAUGGAAGCAAUCUUACGUGAUAAUGUUUUACCUAUAGAUAAGUGGCGUCUUCUGUUUCAAAUUCAAGCAUAUCUUUUUCGAUUUGAAUUAUUAUUUGAUACAUUUAAUAAUGAUUCCAACUUAAUGAUAAAUGAAAUAGCAAAUAAAAAUAUUAAUCAAGCAAAAACAAAUAUAAGCAUGAAAAAAUUAUUAAAACCAUUAUUAAAUAAAUCAGAUAAGUUAUUAUUACAACAGAAUAAUAGUGAUCAUUUAACGAAUCAUAUAAAACGUGUACAAAACCAAUUAACAGCAUUAAUUGAUAAAGAUAAAAAUUAUCAAUGGAACGAUCAUAAAACGAAACAUAAAGAUCUAAAUAGUAAUUUUCAUAAACGAAAAAAGAAUUAUUGCCAAGAAGAACCUCGUGAUCUACGUGGUCGAUUUCUUGAUGAAAAUUCAACUUUUCCAAAUGUAUCAUUGUAUGAAAUAGAAACAAAUUAUUCUAAUGUUAAAUCCGGAGGCCAAUGGUCGCCACCACAUUGUAUUGCUCGUCAUAGGGUAGCGAUUAUUAUUCCUUAUCGAGAUCGAUAUGAACAUCUAGUAACAUUACUCUAUUAUUUACAUCCAAUAUUUCAACGACAAGAACUUGAUUAUAAAAUUUAUGUAUCUGAACAAACAGGGAAUGGAACAUACAAUAAAGCCGUAUUAAUGAAUGCUGCUUUUAUAUAUGCAUAUAGUGAAUAUGAUUUUCAAUGUUUCGUCUUUCAUGAUGUUGAUUUAAUACCAGAAGAUGAUCGUAAUAUGUAUUCAUGUCCAAUUUUUCCAAGACACAUGUCUGUUGCUGUUGAUGAAAUGAAUUAUAAAUUAACCUAUGAAGAGCUUAUUGGUGGCGUAUUUAACAUACGACCUGAUCAUUUUUUAACAGUUAAUGGUUAUAGUAAUCUCUAUUGGGGUUGGGGAGCAGAAGAUGAUGAUCUUUAUUAUCGAUUAAAAGAAUUAUCUAUAAAAGUCAUUCGCCCACCUGCUACGAUAGCUCGAUAUAAAAUGUUAGCACACACUAAACGCGUACCAUCUGUAUGGAACAAACGAGCUAAAUUACUUUAUUCAGCAGCUAAACGUUAUGCAUGGGAUGGUGUGUCGUCUGCUCGAUACAAUCUCACGUCUGCUAUAGCAUAUCCAUUAUUUACGCAUCUUUUGGUCGAUGUUGGUCUACCGCCACCUGGUUUCAGCUAA